AUGCCUGAGCAACAUCCCGAAGCUAUUAAAGCUUGCCGAGAGGGGAGAAGCGCCGGGAAGCCGAGGAAGGACGGCAGCAGUUGUGUAAAAUGUGUAGCCUUCCACAUUCGGUUCCUGCUUCUCCCACUCAUCUUGGCCGUGUUAAGCACUUGUGAGGCGUAUCAGCUGACAAAUGGGUCGGUGGCUGGGUUGAAUCCUUGGAAUUCGACGUUUAGACAUCAAGUCGACGAAGGCAGGGUGCACAUACCGUUGUCCCGAAUCAGCUCCGAAACCUAUGAUGGCGUACUUGGCGUCACUUUAUCGCAAAAUGGAUGUUCUAGUAGCACGUUGGAAGCCGGUUUUCGCAUAAGGAGAGGAUUGUCAGCCCACAGGGGCGAUCUGAGCACGGAUGCUACUGACACCGAGAACGAAGAUAUAGCAGAAGACUCGGAACUUGAAAUAGAAAGGUUUAUAGAAGCAUGCGGAGGAUGGGAGUCGGAUGAGGAGAACGCAGUAGACAUAUACGAUGAAUUCGAGAAUACAGCCGAUUCUGACGCUGGAAGCUACGACGAAUUCGUCGAUGGAAGCAGUGAUGAAAACCCCGAGGUUACGGACGAAACUUCCCAAGAUGCAGUGAUAUCGUCUAUAGCUCGUCCUCAAUAUGGCUUUGAUGGUGAACUGAAAGCUGAUCGUCCGAAUGAAGCAGGUACGGUGGCAAGCAACCGGACGGUCCAGGACCAAGAACUGUCCUAUACAACUCCACCUGACGAAGAAGAUGCUAGCGACGAAAGAGAACCCGUUCCAUUCCGCAUAAUUACGACCGGUGACAAAGUGAAGAACCUGCUAUCGCAACGACUGUAUGUCAAAAAACUAUUCAGGCGCAUACCGCAAAUUGGAGACACCACCAGCGUGCUAGUUAGGUCAAAGGCGCAUGUGAAAGGCAAAGUAGGUUCGCGAAGUGAUCUGGCAAUGGGGAACUCUAAUAAAAUCAAAACGGUGGACACACCUGAAGAGCCUGUGUAUGACGGAAAGCCGUUAUACGCCGGCGUGUACAACGGACUCACUCCGCAGAAACAUACCAAGAAGCGAGUACUCAGAGAAAUCAAGGUCAAAGUUGAUUGGUACGCGCACAGCAUCACGCACCAAAUCAAGAAUGUGACCACCUUCUAUGAGCAGCUUCUCAGGUACAUACACCCCUUCCAGUACCAGAUGCUCAUGACCGCCAUAUACGAGCUUCACCAUACGAGAGAGAUCAAACUGCCUUUUGACCACCUCAUGGAUGCAUUGAAGACGCUCAAAACAAGCAUAGUCACGCGGGCGAACAACUUCAACUCAAAAAUUGGCAGCAUCAAAAAGUGCAGAGAGGCAUUCGCUCUGGCCAAGGCGUUCAUACUGCAGCUGGACGAAUCAUACAAGGAGGCGGAACCGUACAUCAAUAUCUAUCGCAAGUUCGCCACCCAUUUCAGGAAACUGCCCAUUAUUAACAACGCAAAGCCUGUGGUGGCAAUCGUCGGAUACGUCAACGUGGGGAAGAGCACCCUUUUCCAGAAGUUGUGUAACCAGCCCAUACCAACCGUGUCGAGCAUCGACGUCGGAGAGGAGCUUCCCAACCCACUGGGGCUCAUUUCAGACGUGUUGGGGCUAAAGUGGCAGGAAAAUAGUUCUCCUCCAGUCAAAGUCUCCCAAAAGGAGGUCAAGAUUGCAGACUACAACUUCACCACCAAGUCGCUCAAUCUGGCCAAUGUCCAGUACAAGGUCGACAACUUCAUCGACGAAGCGCAGCUCUUGGAUACGCCGGGACUUCUAUGGCGCGACAAACCCAAAACUAACCCAUACGAAAAGCUUACGUAUGCCACGCUCAAGGACUUGCCAUCGGGAGUCAUAUACUGCUUCGAUGUUUCCGACAAGAAGAAAUUGGACAGUCAGAUUAAACUAUAUCGCACAUUAGAAGCUCGAUUUCCGCACAGGCCGUGGAUCAACGUCAUCAGCAAAGGCCACGACGCUCAACUCCUGAAGGAUGAGGGGAUCGAUGUAGUACCAGAAGACCAGGUGCUGGAGAGACUGUAUUCCAUGUUCAACAACCUCGACGGGUUGCUAAGAAUGCAACGCGACGUGCCAACAGCAACGACCGAACCGUAA